GGAAUCUAAGAUCAACCAACAAUACUUUGAAAUGUUGGCAGUUGGUGAUUAGUGGAAGGACCGUGACAAACUUGAGUUCUAACUGAGAAGGUAACCUGAUGAGAUGAAUAUUCAAAAGAAAAACUACCCAAGACCACAGCAUGGACGCCGAUGGGAAUACAGUGAUUCUUUAGGAACACCUCAAGACGACCCCCGACGACGGUCAACACAUCCCCAUGCAAAGCAUGGAGGACGACAGGAGCAGAAAAUAAUAAUUCCCCAAGUUCCACGAAAAAGUUUCCUACAUAUUCUGGAAGAGAAACGAAGACUACAAUUUAAAAAAUUCCUCCUCCACAGAUUAUUUCUUGUAGGCAAGAUAUCAGGAGAAGUGGAUAAGAAAAUGAUUACUGAAUACUAUGAGCAGCUAUAUCAAUGUAUACUCAAGGUUCACCUGGGAGAAAACGUUACUGGGAUCUUCCUUAUAUACCCUACCACCAUUCUACACAUCCUUGAAAGUUCCACUGGGACACUUUACCGAAUUCUUCAAGACUAUGUUUCUCAUGAAGAAAAUAAAGAUGAGUUUUUUCUCCAAGAUCUUAAAAUUUUAGUUAUGUCUCAUAACAUUCCAACGAGACUCUUCAUGCAAUGGUACACCUCUGUGGUCACUGUACCAGUGAUGUAUCUGGAAGAUAUCACACAAUCACAAUCUAAAACAGAGGUGAUCACAGAAUGCAUCACUCUGGUGCUCAAACUGGGCAUGUACCUUUUAAAGAAUGUUAAAGUGGGCACUAAAGGACCAGGAGACAACCUUCACAAUCUUGUGCCUGAACUUCUGCUUCCUGAAGAAAUCAUAAAGUAUCUGUGCAAAGAUGAAGACUUCUUGACUCCAGCAGAGUUUUUAAGAAUGUAUGACAAGCCUAUUCAUGUGACGCUAGAUGCAGAAGUUGUGUGGCCUGCCCCCGUACCUCUUUAGGAUGAAGAUGGAUUUCUUUAGAUCAUUUUAUUCACAUUGACAUAGUAAAGUAAUAUAACCAGAGCAUUUUUAAUUAUUUGAAAUAGAAUAAUAAUUUAUAAGAGUCACUUGUUUGCUGAUAUGAGUAAAUAAAUUCAUACAACACAGAAAA